AUGGAAGGCUCUGCUGCUUCUGGUGCUUCUGCUGUUUCUGCUGCGACAGAAACAGCUCAGGGUCCUGAUGACGACACCCUCCUCAAGUUCUACCAGCUCUCGACUCUCUCUCCCCAGUCGUGGGACGACUCUAUUUCUGCUGAUUUCAGCUACAGCGAGCUGGACUUUAGGGACGUUGAUAAGGCUGCUGUGCUAUUGAAGAAGCUCACUGACGACCAGAAGUCUAUCCAGUUUCUGGUUGCUGAUGAGCCUGAUCCCUUGGGCUACUACGACUCCACCAUAGACAUCUUGCGACAGAAGAACAUUCUUGCCACCUCCUCAGUCGACGAAUUGAACAGGAUCAACGACAUCAAGCAGAAGUUCUUCAUCAGCUCAAAGAACUUCAACACAAAAUUGUUUCUAAAGACUUUGCACAACAACGACAGCUUCAAUCAGUUGAACAACUCCUUGGACUACUUGGAAUCCUCCAUUGCAAAACAGUCUGAAGAACUAAAGUACUUGGUUCAAAAAGAAUUUGCCAGGUUUGUCAAGGCAAAAUCAAGUCUAGACAGGGUUUUCGAGGAGUUCAUUCACUCUGGUCUAAGCGAUUCAAAUAAUUCAAAUGGUUUAAAUGAUUCAAAUGAAUCGCUAGUUCAAAAAAACGAAUUACAAAAUUUGAAAGACUCGUUGAAUUUGGCAAAUGCAAAGGCUUCCUCCAUCAUCAAACCAAUCAUUGAUAAUAAACAAAAAGAGCAACACAUCAAAGCUGCUUUGAAAUUUGUUGAGCAAAAUAAAUAUCUAUUUGAUUUGCCAAAGACUUUGUUAAAUUACAUUGAAAGCGACGACUACGAGUCCUUAAUCGAAGACUAUAAAAAGGGGAAAGAUUUUAUCUCAACUUCAAUCUACCCAACCACUCCAAAUUCUGCCACCAUUAAUCAUUUUGACACUGAUGUGCUACUGCCUGAUAAUUUCACAAUCUCACAGGCUCAUUCUCAAAGAGUCUUGGACAGAAUCUGGGAAGAAGUCGAAGCAAUAGUCGACAGCUAUAGAAAGGACACUUGGGAUUUGUUAUCCAAAACAAACUUAAACGACAACAAUUACAUCAAUCUCAUCUCAAAAUUAUUGGAACUAGGUGUCGAAGAUAAUCCUAUCACUGCCUGGAUAAAUUCACAGUACCGUUCUAUUUAUGACGAAAUUAAUGAAGUCUUUGAAAAAUUUAUUGAAAAAAUCAUUUUAUUUCAAAAAACUGUUUUAAAUACUACAAAUUCCACUGAUGUUUCAUUUAUACAAUCGGUUUGCACUUCAAAUGAUGCUGACGAAAAUGACUCAAAAUCAAAUGAAAAUAAAUCUUCUGAUAGAAUUAACAAUAACAAUUCAAGCUCUCUAAACCACGGUUUAGUCGAUUCCACAAAUGUCACUGAAAUGUGGUUGGUUAUAAAAAGAUUAAUAGAUGACAUGGUAGUAAAACAAUCAAACAAAAUCAUCCAAUUUUGGAACCAAUGCGAACUAUUUUUAAACCGUAAACUUCAAUCUACUUUACCAAGGGGCUAUCAAAAUGAAUCUGAAGUUCAUCUCCAUUUACAAGAUUAUGAAAUCUCAAAUAUUAAAAGAAAUACUGAAAAUCUAAUCAAAUUGCUUUGCUCAAAAUUACAAGCCUUUUUCAGCUCAACCCAAAAGGAUCUAAAUCAAAUUCUUUCCAAAAAAUACUCGCUAGAAGUUUUCAAAAUUACCGAUAAUUUAACUCCCAGUUCUCUAACUGAAUAUGGCUUUUUACCCCCAUUCGCCAAUUCUGUUGGAACUUUACGUUACCUCAAUAAAUUUUUAAUCUCCAUAUCUGUUUCCUUCAUAAAGCUAGGAAAUUUAAAAAUCAACGAUUCUGCAAAAACUCUUCAAAAUACUCAUUCAAACAUUGUUCAUUACUUUGUUGAAGCCAUUUGUGCUACUUGGUUUAAUGACUCUUCCGCCUUUAACGUAAUUGAACAUCAUUCCUUAUCAAUAUCCUUAUCAUACUAUUUAAAUAUGGAUAACCUUGAAGAAAACAUUUUAAGUAAAAACUCCUUUCCUGAUCUCAUUUUUAAUUAUGAAAAAAUCAUGAUAUCCAAUAUAAAAAAUAUUUUAUACAUCAAAGAUCAUCUUUCAAAGAAGAUUGAGGAUUUCAAAAAAAAUUCUUUUAUUAAUGACAAUAAAUCUUCAGAGGAAUUGGACAAUGUAAACUUAGACUCCGAUAUUCAAAUUUUAUCUUACCCAUCUCAAAGAUUCCUUUCUCUAGUUCAUGAUAUGUUCUUACAAAGUUUAAAAAUAUUAUUAGAUUCUUUGCUGAAAAGAAUUAAAAAUGGUCAAUUAUUAAAACAAAAUAAAGAAUCCUCAAAAUUAUUAUUUUCUGUUGACUCACACACUGCUACUAUUACUGAUCUUGUCAAGUUAUUAACCAUAAAUAAUUUAUUAAAGUUAAAUAACCAAAUAGUUCCUGGAACUAUAAAAUUCUAUGAUGAAAUUUUUAAAAGUAACUUUACUGGCCAAUCUUUGGACAUUUGGAAUAUUCUUUCCAGUAUGGAAAAUUUUGUAUUUGAAAGUUAUUGCGAAGAAAAAAAGAAGAAAUUGAGUCUUGUGCUUGCGAAAGGUAUUUCAAAUUAUAAUUGGUCUACAGAAACGCCUCCAAGAAGUUAUUAA